GACAGGGUCCAGCUGAUGCCCCGGAAGUGCUCUACUCGCUGUGUUCCACGUGUGUCUGUGCAGCGGCGGGGCCCGCAUGUUGCUGGCGGCGGCGGCGGCGGCGGCCUGACUGACAGCUCCUCUCCCUCUCUCUCCCUCUCCACCGGCUCCAGCUCCAGCCCACAGUCCGCUAACACCAUGGGCGACCAGGCCCUGCAGCUGGCGGCCCUCCCCCUCGUCGCCAAGUUGAACGAGAGGAGCCGCAGCGAGCUGAGCAAGUACUUGGCCAAGCAGAUUUGGAACAAGCAGGAUCGACAGUAUAUACUCAAUGUCUUGGCUCAGCUGUUGCUGGAUAAGGAAUGCACACUGCUGAUCGGACGCCAUCUCAGGCCUCUGCUGUUGGAUCUUCUUGAACGCAACGUGAAGGCGAUCAAAGGGCCCGUGUUCAACCAUGACCUGCACGAGCGGUUAUGUGUAGCAAUGAGCAAGCUUAUUGAUAUCAGCCCUGAUGUCAUUUUGUUUGCCCUGAGGUACUUUAAGGAUUCUCCGCCAGUCUUUCAGAGAUUGUUUCUGGAGAGUUCGGAUUCCAAUACAGUCCGCUAUGGUCGGAAGCGAAUGAAACUCCGAGACCUCAUGUGCGCAGCGAGCAAAUUCUUGAAGGAAAACUGGAUAAUGUUCAGUGAAUUAUGGGAUUGGAGUGUGUGCCUUCCAUUGUUGGGAAGCCAUGAUGCCUUGGUUCGUUGGUAUACGGCAAGAUGUCUUGCAGUUGUAACAAACAUGAGUGAUGAACAAAAGAACCACUUCUUCAAAAAAAUUCUCACUACAGAAGACCUGACAAAUUUUAGACUGCAAUUAUUGGAAGAUGACAUGUUGCUGAAUGUGGAGAAGGCCUUGGUACUGGCAAAUUCCAAAACUGGUAUUUGGCAGAAAGAGAAACAACAAAAAUAUACCCAAGGGCACGUGUUGUCUGGAGAUUUGUCUGAGAGUGUUGUGGUGGUGUGUGGAAUCGUGUUACCACGGAACCAACUCGCCCAAAAGGACCAGUGCAUCAAUAAGUCGCUUGUGUUGGUGGCUUCGACCUACGGUUACCUGCAGAACCUGGCGAUGGCGGUGUUGUCCCAGAAUGCGGUGUUGCUAGAAGGGCCAAUUGGCUGUGGUAAAACUGCUUUAGUAGAAUAUUUGACAGCGGUCACGGGUCGACAGAAGGCUCCUGACUUCUUGAAAGUACAACUUGGAGACCAGACUGACAGCAAGAUGUUGCUGGGAAUGUAUCGCUGUGCAGAUGUUCCUGGGGAGUUUGUUUGGCAGCCUGGAUCACUGACUCAAGCUGUGAUGAAUGGAUAUUGGCUUCUCCUGGAAGACAUUGACUAUGCACCACUAGAUGUUAUAUCUGUGCUGAUCCCUUUGCUGGAGACUGGGGAGCUCUUAAUUCCCGGACAUGGUGAUUGCAUAAAAGCAGCACCUGGAUUUCAGUUUUUUGCAACAAGAAGGUUGUUCAGUAGCAAUGUAGGUUGGUACCGACAACAAAACAGUCAUGCAAAUUUGUUGGACAAACUAUGGACCAAAAUCCAGUUGGAUAAUAUGCACAGAGCAGAAUUAAAAGAAGUGUUAGUGAACCAGUAUCCAAGCCUAGAAAUGGUGAUAGACCGACUUUUGGACAUUUACUGCCAACUAACUGGCAAGAAACAUCAAGAAGUGAAAAUCAAUUUGGCUGGAAAUCACGAAAAUAUGGAAUCAGUUGAUUGUGCGGCAAAACCUGAAGAGAAAGACUUCUGCCUUGAGGGAAGAGGAUUAUCUUUAAGAGAUUUACUGAAAUGGUGUGAGAGAAUAAUUCCUAACUUUGAUGGGACAUCAUCUUCCACUGCUCUCUGCAUUUUCCACGAGGCACUGGAUUGUUUCACAGCCAUGAUAUCCAAGCUGAAGAGUAGACAGAAAAUGGCAGAGAUCAUUGGAAGCAAACUAAAUAUUUCAAAAGAAAAGGCUGAGUACUUCUGUCAGUUGUAUAAACCUGCUGUUGAGCUGAAUGAAGAUGCAGUGAUUGUAGGGCGGUCUGUUCUUCCUCGAAGAAUCAGUGAUAUCAUCCAGCUGCAGUUGGAAACCCAGACGUUUUCGGCUACAAGACCCUCAUCUCUUCUCCUAGAGCAGUUGGCUGUUUGUCUUAGCAAAGAGGAGCCUGUCUUAUUGGUUGGUGAAACAGGCACUGGAAAGACAUCCACUGUCCAGUACCUUGCCAGGAUUACUGGCCACAAGCUGAAGGUUGUAAACAUGAACCAACAGAGUGACACGGCUGAUUUGCUUGGAGGAUACAAGCCUAUGGACCGUAGACUUAUUAUGUUGCCAUUGCGUGAAGCGUUCGAAGAACUUUUCAUUCACACGUACUCAAGGAAGCAAAAUACCACCUUCUUGGGACAUAUCCAAAUGUGCUGCAAGCAGAAACGAUGGCAAGAUUUGCUUCAGCUGAUGUUGCAUGUCCACAAAAUGGCCGUCAGUAAGGAGAUGAAAUCUAAAGAGACUGGUGCCUGCCUGAAAGUGAAGUGGGAAUUGCUCGGUCUGCGUCUGGCCCAGGCUCAGCAGCAGAUGAAACUGAGCGAAUCAUCGUUGGUGUUUGCCUUUGUGGAGGGCACCUUAGCACAAGCUGUGAAAAAUGGCGAAUGGAUAUUGUUGGAUGAGAUUAACUUGGCUUCAGCAGAGACACUAGAGUGUUUGAGUGGACUACUGGAAGGAAAUAAAAGUUCCCUUGUGCUUUUAGAUCGAGGAGAUACUGAGCCAAUACACCGUGACCCAGAGUUUCGUUUGUUUGCCUGCAUGAAUCCAGCAACAGACGUAGGCAAGAGAAACUUACCACCAGGCAUACGUAAUCGGUUUACAGAACUGUAUGUUGAUGAACUGGAAACUGAGGGAGAUCUCAGAAUCCUCGUAUCUGAUUACCUCCAAGGAUUAAAUGUCAGCAAAAAAACUAUUCAAGGGAUCAUUGAGUUUUACUUAUCAGUCCGUAAGGAGACAGACGUCAAGUUAAUGGAUGGAACAGGGCACAGACCCCACUAUAGCCUUCGGACCCUCUGCCGUGCUCUCAGAUUUGCAGCAUUGAACUCUUACAACAGUGUUCAACGCUCGCUAUACGAGGGGUUCUGCAUGAGCUUCCUGACACAGCUGGAUCGCACAUCUCACCCAGUUGUGGAGAAGUUAAUCUGUCGUCAUGUUAUUGGAGCUAACGCCAAAGCUGUUCUCCAGCAGCCCAUCCCAGAACCAAAAGGAGUUGGCACAGUGCAGAUUGAAGGCUACUGGAUUACGAUAGGAGAUCAAGAACCUUCCAAUGAUAAAUUGUACAUUCUCACACCUUCUGUUAAACUCAAUUUGAGGGAUCUAGUGAGAGUGGUUGCAGCAAGAAUUCAUCCGGUGCUUAUUCAAGGAGAGACGUCAGUCGGUAAAACCAGUCUGAUCAACUGGUUGGCAUCUGCGACUGGAAACAACUGUGUGCGGAUCAAUAAUCAUGAACAUACGGACAUUCAGGAAUAUAUUGGCUGCUAUGCAUCCGAUGACAUGGGAAAACUAGUAUUUAAGGAAGGUGUGCUUAUUAAUGCCAUGCGAAAAGGCCAUUGGAUAAUUCUCGAUGAAUUGAAUUUGGCCCCGACUGAAGUUUUAGAAGCACUUAAUCGACUACUUGAUGAUAACCGCGAGCUCUUUGUUACCGAGACACAGGAAGUGGUAAAAGCACAUCCAAGGUUCAUGCUUUUUGCAACCCAGAACCCUCCUGGACUGUAUGGAGGUAGAAAGGUGUUGUCAAGAGCAUUUAGAAACCGCUUUGUGGAGUUGCAUUUUGAUGAGCUACCAAGUGCUGAGCUUGAAGUGAUCAUUCACAAGAGGUGCAGUUUGCCCCCAUCGUACUGUGCCAAAUUGGUUAAAGUUAUGCUGGACCUGCAGUCUUAUCGGAGAGGGUCAAAUGUUUUUGCUGGAAAACAUGGCUUCAUUACUUUGCGAGAGCUGUUUAGAUGGGCUGAACGCUACAGGUUGUCUGAAGUAACUGCACAAAAUUACGACUGGAUUAAGCACAUAGCUACUGAUGCGUUUAUGCUCUUGGCUGGGCGUGUGAGAAAGGAGGAAGAAGUUGCUGUCAUUCAACAUAUUCUUGAAAAACAUUUCAAAAAGAAGCUUGUUCCGGAAACCAUUUUUUCAAAAGAGAAUUUUGAGAAAAAAUGGAGUCACUGGACAAGUUUAAAGUCGGUCAUGCCUGACGAGUUUCGACAUGUAGUAUGGACGUAUGGGAUGAGAAAACUAGCAAUGUUGGUGGGACAGGCUUUGCAGUUUGGAGAAGCUGUGCUCCUUGUUGGAGAAACUGGGUGUGGUAAGACUACAAUCUGUCAAAUGUUUGCUGCCCUGACCAACCAGAAGCUACGUACAGUAAACUGCCAUCUGCACCUGGAGACAUCAGACUUCCUUGGAGGUCUAAGGCCUGUCAGGCAUACUUCCAGUGAAAAUGACGGCGACAACCCCAGCAGGCUGUUUGAGUGGCACGAUGGUCCUCUUGUACUCGCCAUGAAGGAAGAUGACAUGUUUCUGAUGGAUGAGAUUUCUUUGGCAGAUGACUCUGUUUUGGAAAGGCUGAAUAGUGUCCUGGAAGCUGAGCAGACCCUUUUGCUUGCAGAGAAGGGAAGUGGGGAAGAUGAUCAAGUGGAGCUCAUAACUGGCGGAAACAAAUUUCGGAUUCUUGCAACAAUGAAUCCCGGUGGUGAUUUUGGGAAGAAAGAGCUUUCGCCAGCCCUGAGGAACAGAUUUACCGAGAUCUGGUGCCCACCGUGUAAUAGCCGUGAUGAUUUGAUGGAGAUUAUUCAACAUAACAUCUGCCCCCGACUUUCUUUGAAUGGAGAAGAUAAUGAAGGCAAAGAUAUUGCUGUGCUCAUUUUGGAUUUCAUUGACUGGCUAAAAAAUCAAGAAUUUGGACGUCGAUGUAUAUUGAGUAUUCGUGAUAUUUUGUCUUGGGUAAACUUCAUGAAUGUUACAACUAAGAGAGUGACCCCAGAAGUGGAUCUGGAUGAACGCAGUGGGUUCCAGCUCGAUCCUGUCACUGCAUUCAUACAUGCUGCCUGUCUCAUUUGUAUUGAUGGCCUUGGAUCAGGUUCCACAGUUUGUUCACCUGCAGCUACUUUGGCUGCUCGCAAAGCGUGCUUGGAAUUUCUUUUUAAAAAGCUAUCAGCGAUUACACGGAUGAAGAAACAUCUGUGGAGCAUGCUAAACUGUUAUGAUGAGAAGAGAAAAAGGAAAGUUUUAGCGACCAAACGCUAUUUUGGAAUUCAUCCUUUCUACAUCCCUGUAGAAGGGGCAGGCGGAGAAAGUGUCGCUCUUGACGACUAUGCACUGAAUGCCGGCACGACGGCAAUGAAUGCUCAGAGAGUACUGCGGGCCCUGAAGUUAAGCAGGCCAAUUCUCUUGGAAGGAUCACCAGGAGUUGGCAAGACAAGCCUGGUAGCAGCUCUGGCAAAGGCUUCAGGAAACCAACUAGUCCGAAUUAACCUUUCUGAGCAAACAGAUGUGACUGAUUUGUUUGGGACGGACCUGCCAGUGGAGGGUGGCAAAGGUGGACAAUUUGCCUGGCGAGAUGGUCCUCUGCUUGGAGCCUUGAAGGCUGGACAUUGGAUUGUUUUAGACGAGUUAAACCUGGCAUCUCAAUCUGUUCUGGAGGGACUGAAUGCUUGCUUUGAUCAUCGUGCUGAGGUUUUUAUUCCUGAGCUGGGACUUCACUUUAAAGUGCAACAUACGAAGACCAAGAUCUUUGCCUGCCAGAAUCCUUACAGACAAGGAGGUGGAAGGAAAGGCCUCCCCAAGUCAUUUCUCAACAGGUUCACUCAGGUUUAUGUGGAUCAACUUUCAGUUUCUGACAUGGAGUAUAUUGCUGAAACGAUCUUUCCUGCUAUUGGUAAAAACAUCAUCAGUAAAAUGGUUCAUUUUAAUCAUAAGGUUAACCAAGAAGUAAUGGUAGAAAGGAAAUGGGGACAAAAAGGAGGACCAUGGGAGUUCAACCUACGUGAUCUCUUCCGAUGGUGCCAAUUAAUGUUGGUAGACCAAAUGCCAGGGUGCUAUGAUCCAGGCCAACAUGUUGUUUUGGUGUAUGCAGACCGAAUGAGAACGGAAGCAGACAGGAGGAAUAUGUUUGCUGUAUUUAAAGAAACCUUCUCUGGUGAUGAUGAAAUUCAAUUGCAUCCCUACACCGGGUCCAGAAAAUUCCAUAUCACACCACAGCAGGUUCAGGUUGGCUAUUCUAUCCUCUCACGCAGUGCUUUCAAUGUUCCCAUGUCGAGCAAACAUCUGUCCAUCCUUCACCAUUCCCUCCAACCACUGGAGUCUGUCAUGAAGUGCACUCAGAUGAGCUGGAUGGUAAUUUUGGUGGGACCAGCUGCCAGUGGGAAAACCAGCCUAAUUCAGCUCUUGGCCCUCCUGACAGGACAAAAUUUAAAGGUUAUGGCAAUGAACAGUGCUAUGGACACCACAGAACUACUUGGUGGAUAUGAACAGGUUGAUAUUUUACGUCCUUGGCAAAGUUUAAUUGGGAAGGUGAAAGAUGCUGUCUUUGCCAUCAUUAAAAAUAUGCUGCUCUCUCUGGAUUCUUUCCAUGAAUGCAGUAAUCUUCUCAAACUCUGGAAUUCAUUCCUGAUGAGCGAUUCUCAGUCACUUGAAAAGGAACACAGUGCUGGCAUUUCCACAGAUGCAGUGAACAAAUUAGAGGAUUUGCUUGCUGUUUUUCACCAGUUCAACAACAAAUUGAACACACUCUCAUCAUCAGAAUUUGAAGAAUUGAUUGCAGAAUUCCAGCAAUUCAACUAUCAACGCAGUCAGUUUUUGGAUGGUAAAAAGCGUGGCACCUUUGAAUGGGUUGAUGGGAUGCUUGUACAGGCAUUGAAUUCUGGAGACUGGCUACUGCUGGACAAUGUUAAUUUUUGCAGUCCUUCUGUGCUUGAUCGUCUUAAUGCUCUUCUGGAACCUGGAGGAGUCCUGACCAUAGGUGAAAGAGGAGUGCUUGAUGGCACCAGCCCAACUAUUGUACCACAUCCAAAUUUCAGGCUGUUUAUGACCAUGGACCCAGCACAUGGGGAAAUCUCCCGAGCCAUGAGGAAUCGUGGAAUUGAAAUUUAUAUCACAGGCGAGCACAAUGCAGAUCCUCUGGAUGAACAAGAUAUGAAAAUGUUACUACAUGGGCUUGGCUUAAUGGGAGAACAACCGUGCACUCAGCUGAUGACUUUGUACUCCAAAAUCAAAGAAACGGCAGUAGGUAGUCCCUCCAUAAAUUCACUUCUUCGGGCAGCUGUUCUCAUUGUCCAACAUCUCAAGCGUGGUCUUGGAUUACCAGAGGCGUUCCGUCGAGCUUGUUUAGACGUAUUCAUCUCAUCACAGAGUUCUCAAGCUUAUCAGAAGCAAGUACAAGAACUUGUGGAGAAGCAUGUGUUGACAUUGGCAUCGCCCGAAUUCCAGGCUCAAUCCUUGACCACUUUAGGGUUGUGGCCAGAUUCCAUUCCAUCAGCAAUGCUGACAGCAGAGGAUGCAAUGCUGUCAAUGGUCCAUCAAGAUGGGCAGGUCCUUGCUUAUUGUUUGAAUCAACUUAGUCUCGACAAUAACAGGUUUCAACCAUUGACUCUGACUGACCUGGAGUUAGUUUUGCAGUCCUGUAAUGCGGACCGUCUGUCAUUCCACGGCAAUAGGACAGCAGCUGAAUUUGCCAGUGAGAUUGAUAUGAUUCCUGUUGCUGUCAGACUGGUCACGGAGAAGGCAUCAAAUCAAGAUUGGCUGUUGAGGGCCAAGUGGUUGUGCCACAUGGCAAAAUCCCACAAACAGUUGGCAGACCUGAUGCUUGUACAACUGGAAGCAGGGUCGAAAGCUCUCAAUGCAGUUUAUUCCAGCGCCCUGCCAACAGGAAUGAAAGAAGUUAUUCAUCAACUGCAGCUUGAUAAAAACGAGAUUUCCUCAGUCCCUUUGGAUCCACGAUGGAACCAGCAACAAUUGGUUAUUUCAUUUCAUUCUGUUGAUUUUGAAAAUGGAGACCAUUGUUUGAAAGCGUUUCAAGCACGGUUCAGCUCCAUUGCUAAUAGGAUGGCACUUCUAAUGAACAGAGAAGAAAAGGGCUAUAUAGAGAAGGCAGCACUGGCGUCUGAAAGUGCAAAAAAAUCAGGGAAACGCAGUGCUUUGAGGAUAUCAAUAGCAUUUCAUAAAGGUUUGCUAAGUUUUGAAAAUCUACCCCACCCUGCAUUGGCUCAUCUUGCUGCUUUCUUUGAAGUUUGGGAUGCCUGUGUGUUACAUUGCAUCAAGUCACAGUUUCAUCAAUUAGAAGAUGAUGUCUUCAAUGAAGUGCAGUGUAACAGUUUGUGGAGGGAUCGGUUCUGGGCGGUUGCAGAUAAAGUCACUUCGGAGUUUGAAGGCAUAGCCCUGCUGUCACUGCACUGGCACUGGAUCAUGAAGCACCUCCUGAAAGAUCACCUCCAGCAGCUCUCUUGUGUUUCUCAAAUUUCUCAAGAAAUUCACACCAUUUCAGUCAACCUCCAAAGUCAUCUGGCGAGUCAGAGUGGAAUAUCUUUCGGCAUAAAGAGAAUGCAGAAAUCACUGGGUUUCCCCUCACCGUUCAAGGUUGAAUCUGUUUUGGAAUGUGCAUCUAAUCUCAAGACACUAAGUUCUGCCCUGGAUGUGCUAAGCCUGAGACCAAAAAUGACAGACAUGGCCUGGAAAGAGCAACUUUGUAGAAUAAAAGCAGUUGCCACUGACUGGAAUAUCAAGAAGGACUUGCUGUUGGCUUGGGGUCUUGUACUUCGAGCCAAUUACCUUACAGAAUCUGACAUUGAUGAAAUACGGUGUGUGGUAAGCUCUUUAACUUCAGUGAUGAAAUCUCGGUGUCUGCUCAACUCUCCCAAUUCCAAGGGCGUUGAGCCAAGGCCACUCGAACUGGAUGGGGAUUGUUUGAAUCAAUUACAGAGCAAUAUUCAGCUGUGGCCUGCGGUGGAAUAUUUGUCAUUACUUUGCAAGUUUAAAGUGUUGGCUGACCUCUUGGACCUAUCAUUAAUACCCAGAAGCAGAAUUAAACCAGAUAGGUCAAAGGUAUGUGCAGAACUGCGUCAAUUAGUAUCAUUCUGCAUACGAUCAACACCAGCCAAUGCACAAGGUCUUCAGGGAUUUUGGUACUUGAUACAGAGAGAUCUUUCUGCCGAGGAAUUGAACAUGUUGCGUUCGGUGCUGAUGUCGGCCGUGUUCGGAGAAUGUUGGACCAGUUCUGUGACAACAGACCCUGACUAUUGGCUGACGUGGAAAUCCCCAAAGUCUGUACAAAAUGAAUGGGUGCUGGAGGCUUUCACAGACAAAUCCUUAAAGGGCCCUGCUGUUUUGUGUAGAGCUGUUCAGUCAAAAUGUAUCUUUGAAGUUCUGAUUGGUAAUCAAGACAAUCGCAAGACCGUGGAGGGAAUUGGUGGAAUAACAGCAUCCCACGUUGCUCUGGGAGAGUGGCAUGAGCGGACCAGGCAGUUACGAGAUGUCAGCACUAUAUUGUGGACAAAUAUGGCUGUUAAUUCCUUUGCCGAAUUCAGAUCUACAGAUUCCAGAUUGCAGCGUAUCAUACUACAUAAACAGCUCCAGGCAGUGAAGGAUCUUUUGCCAGGAGAAAUUCAGGAGGAAUACCUAAUGACGUGCGACCAAUUGGUCUUUGACAAAGAUGACGCAGCCUGUGACUCUGUUCUGGGGUCGCUCAAAGGUCUUGCAGGACAUGGAGCACUGACUGAAGAUGUUGUUUCGCUUUUUGUGACAUGCAUACAGGAAUUUGUGGGGAAAGAAAAGGAUUUCAGUAGCCUUUCCAGUCAGGCCCAGAGUGGUUGUCUGUGGGUACACCUAGGGUUGUUGCAAAUUCUGAUUUGGACACCACAGACCAAGUUUGACCCUGCUGUUAAAAGGCAGUACAAGCUGAAUUAUGUUACUGAGGAGUUACAACAAUUGGAGACUGAGUGGAAGUGUCGGAACCUAUCGGAAAAGUUAUUCACUGGCCGAGAACAUUCUCAGGAAGGAGAGAAUGAGCAUUGCCAUCCCAGAAUUAGGUUUUUGCAGCAGAGAAUCAAGCACCUGAAAGAGAAGGGUGCAGAACUUUCCAGAAAACAAGCACAUCGUCCCAAUGUGCCGCAGUACGUACGUUUAUACCAGGACAUCCAUCAUUACAUAUUGAGUAUUGGACACGGUUCAAGAAUCAAAAUCCUCCUGCUGCGUCUGCUGCAACAUUUGCUGGCGAAGCGACCAAAAACACGGCAGAGUUUCCAGACCAUGUUGAAGGAAGAGGCGGCUUGGCAGCAAUCUCAGCACCAUUUCAGGAGGCGAAUUGCCGAAGAGUACUGGCAAUACCCCGAUGUUGUCGAGCCACUUAAUGCUGCAGUCCUGCAAAUGCAGCAUGGCAUGAGACUUCUGACAUCAGAAGUCCAUCUUGCAUUAAAUCACAAGUUUGUCAACCAGGCUGAUCUUACUCGGCUUGUCACUUGCCUUUUGGUCUUCCCUUCCGUCAGCCGUGAAUUCCCAACCUACCUCAGCCUUGCAGAAGCGUUAUGUUCAAAGACUUUCAUGGAAACCAUACAAGGGCUUGUUCAGCUCCUGGGUAAGAGCUUGCCAGCAAAAUCUGAAGAGAAGACUUUGGUCAAGGAGCAAAGAAUGCUGCCAACACAAGAACAGCUGCUAAUGAAUGCUCUACUAUACUUGCAUUGCCAUGUACUUUCCAUGGGUGAACUGGAUCAGGAUUCACUGCAACUUCUCAGGCACAUACAUCAAGCAAUGGUAAAUGCUUGGGAUGAGCAAGAAGAAUGCAGGCGAUUGAAGGAGGAACAGGAAGCCAGCCUGUACAAGUACAAGAAUAAGCAGCAUGGCCUUUCAGAGGUAGAGGAGGAAGAACAGGAAUUCAAGCAGAAUUUCCCACAAUAUAGCACGGAUUUCACCGAUAUUACAUCCCAGCCCAGUCUUGAACAAGAAGAGAUGGACACUGAAGUUAAGACCCCAGCGGCUAAAGCAGGGCACCGUGCACCAAUCUCGCCAAGUUCAAUUCAGAUGUUGAUAAAAAUUCACCAGCAAAUGUAUUUGGGAUUUACACAAUCCUUGUGGUACCACCAGGGAGCGCCUGCACAUCAGAACAGUGAUUACUUAGGCGCUUUAGUGUCCUCUUAUCAUACAGCUGCUGUGCUAAUUACACAGUUCUAUUCUCUCAUUGAUGCUUCCUUGAGUGGACAACUUCAUGGCAGUCAGUUGCUGAUGAGUUCCCUCAUCCAAAGUGCUGUUUCUCGAGAAGGAGCCUGUGAGCUCAUCCUGCCCCAGGAGGAAACAUAUGACUUCUAUCACCAUCCAAAUAUUCCGGAGGUCAAGAAAUGUCUGCCUGUUCUGAGAAAUUUCACCCAAAAGGUGAAGGAAUUACUAAUAGAGUGGCCUGAACAUCCAGUGCUGUUGCAGUUGUUGGUCGUAAUGGACAGAAUUCGAGGUUUUCCCAUUUCCAGUGCUUUGGCAAAAUUCUUAAAUGGUAUGGAGAUCCUCUUGAGCAAAGCCCAGGACUGGGAAGAGAAUGCUAGUCGAUCUGUGUCCUUGCGAGAACGCCUCGAUGAUGUUACCCAUCUAAUUAUUCAGUGGCGUAAACUGGAGCUAAACUGCUGGUACAGUAGUCUUGACAUUGUGAGGAAAAGACAAAUGGAGAAGUCAGCCAAACAUUGGUUUUCAAUAUAUCAAUUGGUUGAAAAAUACCUUCAGAAGCAAGCUGAAGAAAAUGUGAAAGAAGUGGAAGAUGGGAUGAAACUGACUGAAAUUAUCAGCAAUCUGCAAGCUUUCAUUGAAGGAGCCACCUUGGCAGAGUUUCACUUUCGCUUGUCAAUGCUGAUAGCAUUCCAUUGUCAUGUUGUGGCAGCCCCAGAGCAGGAAGGAAAAGAUGCCUUGUGCAGUUUACUCUGGAAUUUAUACAACUACUACAAGCAAUUUUCAGAGACCGUUCACGCUAAAAUAACUGAAUGCCGCAGUCCUAUAGAGAAAGAAUUGAAGGACUACAUCAGGGUUAGCCGAUGGAAUGAUGUCAGUUACUGGGCUGUAAAGCAGUCAGUGGAGAAAACGCACAGGACGCUGUUUAAGUUGAUGAAGAAGUUUGAGACUGUUCUGCAGAAGCCAUGCCGUCCAGAAUUAACAGAGAUGGGAAAGUCUGGAGACUUGAGUAGUGUUGACCCACAGAAAUGGACCAAUAUAGAGACGCUGAAUUGUACUCUAAAGAGAGUUUUCACAGAAAAAUCGGAUCCAACACAGGCAAUUUUUCUGGAAGUGGGAAAAAGCAUUCUCUGUAAAGAUGCAAAUUCUCUUCAGGCCCGUCUGCCAGUGCUGUGUAAAAGAAUGAGGAAAAUGUGCUUGACACUGGUGAUGAAAAGUUCCCUUCCAAGAUUGGUGGAAAGUUUGGAUCAAUUUACAGGAGAUGUUAUUACUGGUGUCCAAGAUCUCCAGGCCCUUGCUGUUAAUCAGAAUGCUGAUAAGGAAGUACAGAGAUCAGAAGUCAAACAUAUCUUGAUGCAGAAGCAAAGAGCAUUGGCAGACCUCUUCAAACAGCUUGCUGAGAUUGGUCUUUCUUACCGAAAAGGAUUGGUUUGGUCCCGAACUAAGGAUCUUCAGGACCUGCUUUGUCUACACCCACUUGAUGUGAAAACGGCAAUAAAUGUGGUUGAGAGCGAUGAUGAGUUAAAUAAAAUGCUGUUCCAGGAAAUCUCUGCUGCAUGGGGUGGUUGUCAGAAGUACUUCUACCAGUCCCUGGCACGGCGGGCUGGUCUCCAGGCAGCGAUGCGUACUCCUGCAAAGGAAAUCGGCUUGGGUGCUGUCGACCGUUGUCAAGGAUUUAUUGCUCAUCUUUUGAAACUGUUGAUCAAACAAAGACAACGACUAACGAGACUAACUGAGCAGUGGGUCAGCUUAAGGCAUCUGAUGAAAAGCAUCCAGAAAAUUCGGGAGAGAUUGGCAGGAUUGCAGGAUCAUGAUGUAGCCCUCCCCCCUCAGAAUGGUGUGAGGCUUUGGAUGAACCAACUUCGCACUCUCUUAAUGAAACUUGUGAUGACUUUGGAGCAAACUUCGUGGUUUCUUCAGUGUUGCCCAAAAGACCAGUCAGCCGUAGCACAUCAGGGCAAUCCAAUGGGUGCUCAAAAAAUGGAUAGUUGUGAAGGAGACUCGGGUGAUGCCAAUGUGGCAGUAUCCUCUCAGCCUGAGCACUUUGUCCAACUGCACCUUGCGUUCCCUACUCCCUUGGUUGACGAUGACUUACCCGAUGCUUGUAAAAUGCGGCAAGGCGAUGCAGUGUGGAAGAAAAUGACCCAACAGGUCGCAGACACGCUGAAAGAUGUCAAGGUCGCAAAGGCAGAAGUAGAUGAAAUGAGCCAGCAAACUAGCAAAAUCUUGCUGUAUUCAUGGACAUGUUUUGAGACUUGUUCUUCUGGGAUGAAUUGCCUGCGUAGAACCAUAGUUCAACUACAAGAUCUACAGGCUGCUUUUGUUGUUUCUGGCUCCCAGAACACUUGCUGUCCUGCAUUGUUCAGGAGUCUGGAAUAUAUUAAGGAGGAAGCUACCUGUGCAGUGACCGAAUUUGCAACCUGGGAGAAAGAACUCUUAAACCAGACUUUUGAUGAUUCCAGUGUGGAUUCGGCAAUGGAUUUCUCCCCACUGGUGGAACCAGCUAUUAACACAGUGCUUUGUGCUGUGCAGACUAUAGUGAAAGGGCAGAAGGAAGAAACGGAACAGGAACAAGAGCAAGUCAUUGAAAAUGAAAAUAAUGAAGGUAAAGUUCAGUCCGGAUACUUAAGCAAAUGUUUGGAGCAUCAAUUGGCAAACGACAUCACUUCCUUAAACCUGAAGAAAGUUACUGCUGUGGUUUCAGACCUUCUGAAAAAGCUCAUAGAUUAUCGCCAAGACUGCGCAGUGGAAGAGUACCAGAUGUUCAAUCAAAACUGCCGUAGCAUUGUGCGACUUCUACCCAUGUUGACUUCCUACUCCGAACUUGCCCUCUAUUACCUAUCAGUGUCCAUCACAACUCAUAGAAGCACUGGAAAAUUGCUGUCCAUUUUGGCUCAUUUAUUUACGGAUCUUGCUGUGAAGGGAUUCUGCCUUCCCAAAGAACUGAUGGAGGAUGCGAUGGGAGAAGGUGCAACCCAAUUCCAUGACAAUGAGGGUGGUGGGAUUGGAGAAGGUGAAGGGGUGAAAGACGUUAGCGACAAGAUAGAAAACGAAGACCAGGUGGAAGAUAACUUCUCCAAAGACCAAGGAAAGAAAGAGGAUCCAGAAAAUAUGCCAGACAUUAAAGAUGAAGAAGAGGCCAUAGAAAUGUCUGAGGAUUUUGAGGGAAAGCUGCACGAUGGCGAGCCUAAAGAACAAGGAGAGAAAGAUAAUGAUGAAAAAUCAGAUAGUGAAGAGGAAGAAGAACUGGAUAAACAGAUGGGUGACCUGGGAGAUGCUGAAGCUGACAAACUGGAUGAAAGACUUUGGGGAGAUGAUGAUGAUGAUGAUGAUGACGACAAUGCUAAUGAGAAGCCUGAGGAAAGUGGACCAGGGAUGGAUAUGGAACAGUCAGAACUUGUUGCUAAAGAUGACAAUGUGGACGCAGCCAACAAAAAUGACAAAGACACAAAAAGUCGACAGGAGGAGGAGAAGGAUACCGAGCUGAGCGAAGAAAGCAUAGAUAAAAUCCAUGAACAAUUGGAUGAGCGUGAGUAUGAUGAAAAUGAAAUAGACCCUUAUCAGGGCAACAAGAAGCAACCAGACGUUGAGGCCUUGGAUCUACCUGAAGAUCUCAAUCUCGAAAAUCAAGAUGGAGAAGAAAGUGACAAUGAGAAGGAGGAAGAAGGGGACGAUCCACUCAAUAUAGAUGAAAAACUAACAGAUUUCAACGAGAUCCCUGCGGAUGAGGAAGACCAGACAAUGGAGGAGAGUAAUGAACAAGAGCAAAAUGAUCGUGCUCAAACAGCGGAUGAAACUGAUGAGAAAACGCAGGAGGAGGAUGGCAAUGAGGAAAAAAGUGAAUGCCAAGAUCAAGAACCCUCAGAGGAAGAAACACCUGAAAACGUAGAAGACGAACAACUGCCUAAACAGGAUGAACAAAGGGAACCUGGCAGGGAGGAGGCAGGAGGUCCUGAUGAAGAGCUACAGUCAAAAAAAGAUGACAAUGCAGAAGACCAGGACGUUCCAGAGUCCAAGCAACGAAUGGAGCAUGAAGCUGCAGGGAAAACUGGGGACGAGAACCUUCAGAGUGAUACAGCUGUGGAACUGGCAGGAUCUGCAACGGAGAAAGACCAGGCUAAGGAGGAACAAGGCUGUGGGGCUGCAGAUGCUAAUCAAUCAGAGGGCCAUGAAUCCAAAUUCACAGCAAGGGUCUCGUCUCAAAGACAAUCUCGGGACAAAACACAGAGUUACAAGAGAAAACCUGGCCAUGGUGAUAAUGAGAGGACAAUGGGCGAUCGCAAUGAACGUGUGAGUAAGCGCCUCAAGACUGUGGAAGCUGACAGUGCACGUCAACAAGACACAUCCCAGUCGGAACAGAAGGUCGAUGAGGCUGACAUUUAUGAACAUGUGAAAGAAGGAUGUGAUUCCUAUGAUACUCAAACCUAUGAUGCAGCCACAACAGAGCAACAAAAAGUAGGUGGAGCAAGCCAGGAAGAGCAAGAUGAAGAAUCUGAAUCCAUUCAAAUGGAAACCAUUCAGGAAGAGGAACUGGAGUGUGUGGAUGUACAGGAACUGAAGCCUGAGAAAGAAAGGCCGUCAACUACAACAGCAUCAGGACAUGACAGUCUUGAAUCGGAGCUGCAUCUUCCCAACACUGAAGAUAUGGAUGUUUCCAAAGAUGACUUGUUGGACUCUGAAAAAGAACCGAAGCCUGAGAGAAGCAGGGAGUCCACAAUCCAUACUGUGCAUGACCUGUUAACUGAGGACAUGGAACAAAGCGUCGUCCUUGACCCAGAGGAACUGCGUAAAAAGCUGGAAGAGCAACUGAAUGCUUGGCAGAAUGAAGAGGCAGGUGAUCCAGAAAAGGAGAAAGCCGCAGCUGUGAUGUGGCAACAGUACCAGACAUUGACAGCUCCUCUAUCACAGCAGCUAUGUGAACAACUUCGUCUUAUACUGGAACCCACACAGGCAGCUAAACUCAGAGGGGAUUAUCGAACAGGAAAACGGUUGAACAUGCGCAAAGUGAUUCCCUACAUCGCAAGUCAAUUCCGCAAGGACAAAAUCUGGCUUCGCAGAACAAAGCCAAACAAGCGGCAGUACCAGAUCUGUUUGGCUAUUGAUGAUUCUUCCAGCAUGGUUGAUAACCACUCCAAACAGCUAGCCUUUGAAGCCUUGGCUGUGAUUGGUAAUGCUCUCUCACUUCUAGAGGUUGGACAGGUUGCUGUGUGCAGCUUUGGAGAGAGUGUUCAGUUGCUGCACCCAUUCCACGAGCAGUUCAGUGAUCAAUCAGGAGCAAGAAUACUGCGGAGCUGUCAGUUCCAACAGAAGAAAACCAAGAUAGCUCAGUUUCUGGAAUCUGCAGCCAACAUGUUUGUUGCAGCACAGCACCAAUCCCAACAAGGAAAUCCAGAAACUGCACAGUUAUUAUUGAUCGUGUCCGAUGGAAGAGGUCUGUUUUUAGAGGGGAAAGAACGAGUUGCAACAGCCGUUGAGGCUGCUCGACAUAAUAACAUCUUUGUUAUCUUUGUUGUUCUGGACAAUCCUGACUCCAAGGAUUCCAUCCUGGACAUCAAAGUCCCCAUCUUCAAGGCUCCAGGAGAAAUGCCAGAAAUCAAAUCGUACAUGGAAGAAUUUCCAUUCCCUUUCUAUGUAAUACUGCGAGAUGUGAAUGCUCUCCCAGAGACGCUCAGUGAUGCACUCAGGCAAUGGUUUGAACUGGUGACAGCGUCUGAUUAUUAAUGAAAUGUCUCGUAGGAAGUUGCCACCUGCUGUCAUCAACUAUUGAUGUUUCAAAUUAUGCACAAUCUGUAAAAUUGUACUUUUACUGUAGAUCCACUUACUGUUGUGUGUUGUCAUUUGAGAAUACCUGAGCUUAUAAUGUGAAUUUUUUUAAUUCACAUUGAGAUCUUACCACAUGGUGGUGUUUGUGCCAAAGGCACAGUUUAUUGUAUUGAAUGAGAAAUCCUGUCGGAGGUUUGAAUAUCACUUCUUUUUUGUAGUGUGGAUAUAUGUUGCGAAGGUGACUUCUACAAACAUAAGCUUCAGUGUGUCAUUCAGAGAUGGCUUUCUUUCUUAAGAUUGUAUUCGGAAUUUUUUUAAUGUCAAUAAAAUUAUGCAAUAUCUGAAAACUA